AUGUUGGCUCCACGUUUGACAGUAGAUCAAGCAGCACUUGCUGCAGCAGCAGCUGCAGCAGCAGCAGCAGCAGCAGCAACAGCAGCUCCUGCAGCGUACACAAGGUCGCCUUGCUGCUUGUCGCUGCGCUUGCCAGCGUACAGACGGUCAGACUGGAGAGCAGCAGCAGCAGCAGCAGCAGCAGCAGCAAACCCAGCACCUUGUACCCCAACACCAGCAGCAGCAACAGCAGCAACAGCAGCAGCAGCAGCUCGCAGGCCCUUUCAUUCGGCCGUAUAUCAGCAGUUGCUGCUCCCCCCCGGGGCCUCACACCUUCACCUGGCUCCCCACUCUUGUGCUGCAGCAGCAGCAAGAACAGUAGGAGCAACAGCAGCAGCAGCAGCAGCAGCAGCAGCAACAAGAGCACGAUGCGCAGCUCUGCCGGCUUCACUGCAGCAAAGAGCGGAGUUCUGCGCUGCAGCAGCCCGACCCAGACAGGACUCCAGCAGCAGCAGCAGCAGCAGCAGCAGCAACACCAGCAGCAGCAGCAGCAGCAGCAACAGCGCCUGCGCAGCUCUGCCGGCUUCACUGCAGCAAAGAGCGGAGUUCUGCGCUGCAGCAGCCCGACCCAGACAUGACUCCAGCAGUAGCAGCAGCAGCAGCAGCAACGCCAGCAGCAGCAGCAGCAGCAGCAGCAGCAACAGCGCCGACAGCAGCAGCAACGAACUGCAUGUCUCUGAGAUCGAGUUGCAGCAGCAGAGGCAGAAGUCUGUGUCUCGGGGGCAGUUGGAGUAUCUGCCUGUUGCAUGCGCUCACGCCUGGCGCUUCCUCAUGGGCUACUCUGUAUCCAGCAGAAAAUGUGGACUCAUAGGGCACAUGCACGUGCUGCGGUACGCAGACCUGCGCCUGGAGCAGCAGCUGCAGCUGGAUGCCAGUGAACGUCUACAGCAGCAGCAAAGUGCAGCAGCAGCAGCAGCAAAAAAGAAGCAACCACCUCCGAAGAAACCCUAG